AUGCAAUCUUGGAAAGGUUUCAGCACAUUCCUCAUUGCAAGUCAAAUAUUGAAGAGCCGACCGUCGACUGCGUUCUUUCUUCAAACGAAAAGAAGAUACUCUUUCCAAAGUAGUGUCAUUCAAAGUGGCCAGUCUGACGCGGAGGGCUUACCCGGUGGAACGAAACCAAUCAAGAGAUCCUACACAGCUACACCGCCCAUCAACAUGCCACGAGGUGUCAAGAAAGAAAACUUGCCCUCCAAAGUUUGUGUUGUUUGUAACAGACCAUUUACAUGGAGAAAAAAAUGGGAACGUGUGUGGGAUGAAGUUACGACCUGCAGCAAGAGUUGCAAUCAUAAGCGGCGGGCAGCCAAUCGUGGUGGUCAAAAACCAGGAAAUAACAUUGUUGGGGGCGAUGCCUCGGGCGUGAAUGGAAGAGUGUCACCGUCGUCCAUGGGUACCCAGGAAGUAUCAAGACGGUCAAUGUCAACCGAUGCUGCCGCUGGGUCCGUAAGUGCAGCCGUAGAGUGCACCGUCGUGCCAACCGAGCAAUCAAUCGACAGGGUGACGAGUGAUGACGAGAUGGAUUCACCUGAACAACUGCAUUUCUCACGUGAGAUUGCCGACCAAUUGAGUGACACCGACGAACCCUUCGCAAGUCUUAUGGUGGAGGAUGAUUUCAUGAAGAAUGUAGAUGAUCCAGUGGCCUACACCAAACAACAGAGAAAGGCUUUGAAGAAGGCAAAGAAAGCCGAACGUCGGGCUCAGCGACAAGGCCGUGGAGACCCAACGGCUGGGCAGAAGACCUGUGACAUGUGUGGCAAGUCUGUGAAUCUUCUAAUACGCUGUAUGUACGAGCCAGGGCAAGCAGACUGGAAAAUGGUCUGCGGCAAGUGUUGGAAGAUAGCCAGUGGUGGAGUAGUCGACGGUGAUAAGGCCCAUCCUCACUAUCGAUACGGUGGAUUGUGGAAGAACCGACGAGCACAAUCAUGA